ACGGAAAAAGACCCGGAAAAAAUUGUUGCGCUUUGUCACUUUUGACAGCACUUUGUUUUUGUUUACAAUUUUUUCUCAGGUGAAAAAGGAGAAGAAAAUUGCCUUCGAUGGCUACAAAUACCGUAAAAUGCCACGUGAGAGGCUGCAAAUCAGAAUUAGGAGGAAGUGCGGAUGUUUAUUUCCACAAGUUGAGGAAAACCGAACCCGAGCAUGUCAAGGAAAAGUGGCGAAAGUUCUGCAAUUCAGCAUCGUGCAAAGUUUUGCCUUCCGUUUGUUCGAAGCACUUCCGCGAAAAGGAUUAUCUGACCAGCGAAGCCUACAGGAAGUACUAUCCAAAUGCCAGAGCUAAGCUGAAGUCGGGCGUCGUACCGAGUAUUUUGGAAAAUGUGCCGGCGAAGCGAAGCAUCUUGAGGCGGCGCUUUGAGAUGAAGAAGAUCGUCGAGGAUUUGCUUAAUGAUUCCGAAGAUGACGAUGGGAUGUGUGAAAUGCAAGCGAGUGUCAAUGAAAUGGAGCAAAUCCUGAUUGCUCACGACAUGAAGCCUGAAGUUGGCGAUGAAAGUGAUUCAGAAAGUUCUGAUGAGCAGAACAUGCCAGAAAAUGUACACCUGGAAGUGGAGAUGGCACAGGAAACUGCCCGCAAUCCGCUGGAGAGUGACAAAUCACAGUUAAUCGAGGAGAUUGCCGAGCUGAGAGCGGAAAUGCAGCGAUUGAACAAAGACAGACUGAGUCUCCGGAAGCAAAUAUCCAUCUUGAGCGCCUCGAAUGAGCAGCUGAGAAAGAUCAGGGCUGAGAAGGAGAGCAUGGACGAAGCGCUGCGAGAGACGUUCAGCAAGAAUGAGCUGGAUUUGCUCCUGCGGCGCAAAUCGCACGUUGUGUGGCGGCGACAGGAGGUACAGGAAGCCUUCGUGAUGAGAUUCCUGAGCAAGAGUUGCUACAAGUAUCUCAGGACGAAGAAGCGCUAUCCUCUGCCCUCCGUUGCCGUCAUUCGCAAAUGCGUCAAUCGCUAUGGCGUGAAAGUCGAGGCACUGAAUGACAUCGAACUAGAAUCUGACUGAUAAAAAUUCAUUCCUUCUUUCUCACAAA